AAUAAUAACUUAUCAUGUUAAUUUUUGUAAGAAAAUUAUGUUCGCAUAAUCAUAAAAAAAUUUACGCCCGCAUAUCCGGACAAAACACGUAGUGGACUUGUAUAUUUAGAUGUUUCUGUUAAUUUUCAAAAAUUAUUUAUAUUCAAUCGGUUCUCUUAAAAAAUUUCAGAUCAGCAUUAAUCAAUACAUACGUGCAUGGAAAAUCUAACAAUUGUUUUAUAGAACAAGAUGAAAAAAAUACGGAAAGCCUAAUACUACCUCCAUUCCAAAAAGAUAAAUGUGUUGGCAAAAAAAAACUGUUUCAAGGAAAAGUUUUUUGUGUGUUUUCAAUAACUUUUUAUUUAUUUAAUAGUAGUAAAUUGUAAAAUUCAAGAAACUAGUUGAGCAAAACCUUUAUUUAUGAAGAUAUAUAACAAAGAUUUAUAAAAAUGUAUUGAUAACUAUGUUAAUUUUCAAUAGUUAUAUCUUUAAUCAAUGCUCUUUAUAGCUUUCAAGAUAAGCAUCAAUCAAUUCACAAAUGUUUGAUUACUUGUGUGAUAAGGGAAAAUAUGUUUUAUAGAACAGGAUGUAAAACCUGUCUGUAACAUAUUUACCCAAAAAAAAUUAAUGAAAAAACUAUCACUUUUAACUAAUUGUCCGAGAGAGAGUAACAUUUAAUUACUUGGAUAAUACGAGGUAGCGUAGAUCAAAUAAAAAUCUACCAGUCUCCAAGUGCUUGUUGCUUAUAGGUAUUAACUUCUGUUUUCCUCCUGAAGUUCCAGACCUAUAACUAUAAUACAAGUCAAAAGUGCACAUGCAAUUGUUUUUGAGUAAGAAAAAACACAUCAAAUUCAUAUAUUAUUAAGAUGAACUAUCAUCAAUAGUGGUUGUCUCUUACAGGACAAGUAUUUUCUGUGUACUAACCAAAGUGGAAUACAAUCCUUUAAUACAUAAAAAAAACUGAUCCUGUCUGUUCAAACGAAGCUGUACUUGUGAUUCACAUUCACACGUCUUCUCUACUCCGUUGCCAACAUGGCAGAAAUAAAUAUCCAAUUUUACUAUAUGCUAAAAUUGCAAGCCAGUAUUAUUGCCAAAAAGUAGUGGUAUGUGGACUUUAGUUGACUUGAAGUAAGAAUGAUCAAAGUCUUCAUAUGGAAAACGAGCGGUCUGAAAUAAGCAUAGUUAAUGUCUUUCGUCGUAUUGAAGCAAAGUUGUUAUCUCCAAUAAUUCAUCCUAAACCAGUUCAUUCAGAUUCCAACUCUACUGAAAUAAUUUUCUCUGUUCUUCUAUCACUAUGGGGAACUGUAUGUCCUUCCAACCUUCUUGUGAUGCGACGCUGGACCGUGCCAUUAGAGUCUUAUGUAGUAAAGGUUACAUUGGAAACCUCAAGAAGAAUCUCAGGGAUCUGCAAAGGGAAACGGAAGAUCUCAGAGCAAUUCAUGAUGUGGUGAAGAACAAAGUAGCUAGAGAGAAGGUAAAACAUCGACACAUGCUUAAACCUGUCCAGGUAUGGCUUACACGUGUUGAGAGCUUCAAUACACGGGUUGAUGAUACUCUUAGUACUAGUCCUGCUCAGCUUCAAAAGCUGUGUCUAUGUGGUAUAUGCUCAAAAAACGUUUGUUUGAGCUACAGCUAUGGGAGAAGAGUAUUCUUGUUGUUGGAAGAGGUUAAGAAACUAAAAUCAGAGGGUAACUUUCAAGAACUUACUGAGUUGACUAUGAUAUGUGAAGUGGUGGAGAGGCCUACUCGGACUACGGUUGGUCAAGAAGAAAUGCUCGAAACGGCGUGGGAAAGACUAAUGGAAGAGGACGUUGGAAUCAUGGGUCUGCAUGGAAUGGGUGGUGUAGGCAAAACUACCCUGUUUAAACAAAUCCACAACAAGUUUGCAACGAUGUCUGGUAAGUUCGAUGUUGUGAUCUGGAUCGUGGUGUCUCAAGGUGCAAGUAUCUCGAAGCUUCAAGAAGAUAUUGCACAGAAGCUACGUCUUUGCGACGACCAGUGGACACGGAAAGAUGAAAGUGAUAAGGCCGCGGAGAUGCAUAGAGUUUUAAAGGGGACACGGUUUGUUUUGAUGCUUGAUGACAUAUGGGAGAAAGUUGAUUUAGAAGCCAUCGGAGUUCCGGAACCGACUAGAGAAAAUGGAUGCAAAGUAGCAUUCACCACGCGUUCUAAGGAAGUAUGUGGGAGGAUGGGGGAUCGUGAACCGAUGCAAGUCAAGUGUUUGGAAAGAGAUCAAGCAUGGGAGUUGUUUAGAAUCAAGGUUGGAGAGAGUACGUUAAGUAGAGAUCCCAACAUUGUCGAGCUUGCAAGGAAGGUCGCUGAAAAAUGCCAUGGUCUGCCUUUAGCGCUCAGUGUUAUCGGUGAGACAAUGUCGUACAAAACUACAGUACAAGAAUGGGAGCAUGCAAACUAUGUUUUGACAAGAUCCGCAGCAGAGUUUUCCGACAUGGAAAAUAAGAUUCUUCCAGUUCUGAAGUACAGCUACGAUAACUUGGCGGACGAACAUAUCAAAUCUUGUUUUCUGUAUUGUGCUCUCUUUCCGGAAGACUAUGAGAUAGUUAAAGAGAGUUUGAUAGAAUGCUGGAUAUGCGAGGGAUUCGUCGGGGAGUACCAAGUCUUGAAAAGAGCGGUGAAUAAAGGUUAUGAGCUACUAUGUACCCUUAUCCGUGCAAAUCUACUAACGGAGUUUGGUACAAUAAAGGUUGGGAUGCAUGACGUGAUUCGAGAAAUGGCUCUAUGGAUUGCAUCGGAUUUGGGGAAACAGAAAGAGAGUUUUGUCGUGCAAGCUGGUGUCGGACUACAUGAUGUACCAAAAGUUAAGGAUUGGAGAGCUGUGAGAAGGAUGUCAUUAAUUGGUAAUCAUAUUAAAGAUAUAACACAACCUAUAAGCAUGUGUUCUCAACUUACUACUCUGCUCCUACAGAAAAAUGGUUUGGACUAUCUAUCAGGUGAAUUCAUCCAAUCUAUGCAAAAGCUAGUUGUUUUGGAUCUAUCUAGAAAUGACAUCAUUGGUGGACUUCCAGAGCAGAUAUCAGAGCUGACCUCCUUGCAGUAUCUUGACGUGUCCUAUACAAAUAUACGUCAACUGCCAGCUAGUUUCCGAGGGUUAAAGAAGCUAUCUCACCUGAAUUUGACUGGUACAGAAAGACUUUGUAGUAUCCGAGGGAUAUCAAAGCUGUCGAGUUUAACAAGUUUGAAACUACUUAAUUCUAAAGUUCAUGGAGAUGUUAACUUAGUGAAGGAGCUGCAGCACUUGGAGCAUCUACAAGUCCUAACCAUUAGUAUAUCUACGGACGCAGGCUUGGAGGAACUGUUAGGCGAUCAAAGGCUGGCGAAGUGCAUCGAUUCUCUGAGUAUUCGUCGUCUCAAUAUUACCCUCGAUGUUCAGCUAAGACCAAUCUACUUAUCGUUGCUGAUGAGUAUGGAGAAUCUCCGUCACAUCAAUGUUACAAACAUUGAUGUCUCAGAGAUUGAUACCAAUGAAAACUGGAGGAAAAGCAAGAGAAAUUCGUCUGGUUUACACAAUCCGACGGUUCCAUAUUUCUUCACCAACCUCUCCACCGUGGGGAUAGUUGACUUGAAUGGCAUGACGGAUCUCACUUGGCUGCUGUUUGCUCCGAAUCUUGUCAAACUCCACGUUGGAAAUUCAGAAGAGGUGAAAGAGAUUAUAAACAAAAAGAAAGCGAAAAAGGUUACAGGUACUUCACCACCUUUUCAGAAACUAGAAAUGAUAUUGUUGGAAGGGUUGCCAAAGCUGGAGAGUAUCUACUGGACUCAUCUUCCCUUUCCAUUUUUGAAGAAAAUAGUGAAACUAGAGUGUCCCAAGCUGAGAAAGCUUCCAUUAAAUGCUACAAGCGUCUCACGAGUUGAUGAGCUUUCGAUAGUAAUGAAGCCUGAAGAGGAAGCUCAGCUUGAAUGGGAGGACGAAGAUACCAAAAAUCGUUUCUCGCCUUUAAUCAGUCUGGGUAGAGAGAUGUAAAACACCUUUCAAUCUGGCUCCACGCUUCUAUCUCUGAUGUUUUCUCUUCCAGUUUCUUAAUGUGUUGUUGUUCAUUUGGAUUAUUGAUUGUAUCAUUGCUUGAAAUAUGUUAUCAUUCUCCUGUUGUUUAACGUAAGACAUUAAUGUAUCACUUGAAAGAAGUUAUUAUUCU